CAGGGUCCCCAUCCCCCAGAGCACACCGAGCACUUCUCCGAGGAGGAAUGGCUGCGUCUGGAGACGGAACAGCGGCAGCUGUACAGCGAGCUUGUGGCAGACAAUGACCAGACUCUGCACACUCUGGGUUCAUUCACCGUGAAGACGGAGACAGUCCCACCCACUGAGAUCGAAGAAGUGACUGUGGCUCCAGCAGAUGAGGCCACAAUCUCCAAUGGCAAAUUGAACCUGUACGCCGACUCUCAGGCUGACACCCCCAGGAGCCCCAUCUCUGACUCCUAUCAAAACCCCUUUCUAGAUGUAUUAAAGGGAAACAGCCUGUCAAGUUUUCCAGCAUCUGCCAAUCACACUGAUUCCAAUGCAGGAUCCUUUCUAAAUGACUCCGCCCUUAAUUCCUACUCCAGAACAUUUCCUGAGACAUGCAAGGAUUCCUGUAUGAAUCCUCUGACAGAGGAGCCGGGUAUUUCACGGAAUAUUCCAGGAAGCAGCUUCUCCGACUCCUAUGUGGCUGGAUCAUCAGAAGAUUUCCAGGUAGAAAACAUGGCCAAUAUGAAGCAGGAAAGGUCACCUACUGAACUCCACUUACCGGACUGUGAUAAUCGGAAUGUACAACACAAACGGCAGAUCUCCUUCAGGAACCUAGGAACGUCACCAUCUGGCAGAGUCAGAUACCCUGGUCAGAGCCAAGAAGCCAAGACUCUAAUGGUAGCGCCUGACAGCGAUAGUACCCUGGACCUCUGUGAUCCAUAUAAAACACAGAUGGGGACACCUACAAAGAAAUUCACUAUUAAGAAACCAUUCCAGUGUCAGCGAUGUGAGAAAAGUUUUAACUGCAGCUCCCACCUCAUCGCCCACCAGCAUGUGCACACUCGGGAGAGACCCUAUGUGUGUGAGUGCGGGAAAUCAUUCACUCAGAGCUCCAAUCUAUUCCGCCAUCAAAGGGCCCAUCGGGGGGAGAGGCCUCAUGUGUGCACAGUGUGUGGAAAGGCCUUUGCUCAGAGCUCUCAUCUCAUCAUUCAUAAAAGGACCCACACAGGAGAGAGACCUUAUAUGUGUGACGACUGUGGCAAAAGCUUCCUCGCCAACUCUGCCCUGGUGAGACAUCAGAGGGUUCAUGUAGGAGAGAAGAAAUGUACGGGUACGGUACUUGUGAGGAGCACCCACCUUCAUACCUACCGGAAAUCCUCCUCUGAACAAAACCUGCAGCAAACACUGCAAAGCCACCUUGUCCUUUCUCAGACAUCCCACACUGCACCUAGGUGA